AUGGAAUGGAACAACAAGCCCCACGAUGACUUCUCUUCGAACUCCUCGCGUGAAAAGACACGCCAAUACGCCAAAGACGAGUUCAUACAGGACAUCGGCCACGCGACCAAAAACGCAGACAUCGUCGCCCGCCGGUCAGAACGCAAGCACCAGCGUCUCAACGACGAUGUCGCCGAGGAAGUCGUUGAGAAGGGUCCUGUACUUUCCGUCGGGGAGCUCAAGUACAAAGGGGCUUGGUAUAGUAUCAUCGAGGAUGCAGUAGCAAAGUGGUUGGCGGGGAAUGAGAUACGCAACGUAUCAAAAUCCUCGCUAGCUGGCUUGUUGCAGCACAGGGCGUGGAUCUCGGAUGCAGAGAGGGAGAAGACACAAGCUCAACCCGAGGUUCCUGGCGCACACGCUCUGCUUCCCACAAGAAACUGA